AUGAAUUUCAAAAUUAGUAAUAUAUUAUGUAGGAGAUAUAUUAUAUACCCCUUUACAAAAUGUAAAAGAAGAUAUAGUUGUAAUUAUAACAUAAAGAGAUAUAUGAAUGAAAAGGAUGAGAAGAAGAUAUCAAUACAUAAGCCUCCCAUUUUAGAUGUAGAUGAUGUUAUGAAUAAAGAAAAAUUACUGUAUGUAAUAAAGAAUAUUCAAAUAGUAGAUUUAAAAGAAAAGAACAUUUUAAAUAAUAUAAGUAAUUUAUUAAAAAAGUAUAUAAAUGAAUAUACUAUUGAAGAAAUAUAUACAAUUAUACAUAUAUUUUGUAAAUUAAACUUUACAAAAUAUUCUUUAUAUAAUAAUUUUAUUAAAAUUAUUAUGAAUAAAAAGCCAAAAAUUAAUUCUCGUAUGUUAACGCAAAUAUUAAUUGAUCUUCAUAAAUUAUCAUCUUUAGAUAUUAAUGUGUUGACUUUUUUUACUCAGUAUUAUAUAAAAAAUGAAACUGAUCGAUUCUCUUUAUUUGAUUUAUCUAUGAUACUAUAUAUAUUUAAUAAAUAUAAUUAUAAUCAUAAUGAGAUAGUGGACAACAUAUGUAAAACGAUAUCUGAAUACUUUUUGCCAUUCAUUGAUCAGGAUAAAGGUGUGCUAACAACCAUUCUGUUAAGCAUCUCAACGUUAAAUUUGAACUAUCAAUUUUACCUCGAUGUAAUGAAAAAACAUGUAUAUAAAAAAUAUGAACAGUUUGAAGUUAAAUAUUUGUGUAAUAUUUUAUAUUCCAUUUUAUUAAGACUUGUUAAUACUUUAAAUAAUGAUGACAUAUUAAACAUUAUGCUGAAUGAUAUAAUGUAUAUAUUAUUAAAUAAUUUACAUAUAUCCUUAUAUUAUUUAAAAGACAAGGAGGAAGAAAAAUAUGAAGAAGCAAGAAAAAUUAUUGAAAAAAAAAAUAUUAAAGAUACAGUAACUACAUCAAAAAUUCAACAACAGAUAGCCAAACUAUUUAAAGAAAUUGGAUUGAAUGCAGAGAAAGAAUUUUUAAUUGGACCCUAUGUAUUAGACUUUGCUUUAAAAAAGAAAAAGAUCUGUAUUGAAGUUAAUGGAUUUACUCAUUACUAUAACUUCGAUGGCAAAAUAAAUGCAAAGACUACCUUGAAAUAUUAUAUUUUGAAUAAACUCAAUUGGAAGGUCCUUACUAUUGAAUAUAUGGAUUGGAAAAAUAAAUCAAAAGAGGAUAAAAUAAAAUAUUUAGAAACAAAUGUACUAGAAAAAAUAAUUUAA